UGUGUGUGUGUGUGUGUGUGUGUGUGUGUGUGUGAGACUGUAUUUAAGGCUCUUCCUGGACUCUGGAUCUGCUGUGAGCGGCUCAAACACGGAGUGAAUCCUGACAGAUGCUGGUUUGCAGCCAUGGGGGACUGGUCCUACCUGUCCACCUUGCUCGACAAGGUGCAGACUCACUCCACGGUGGUGGGCAAAAUCUGGAUGAGCGUCCUCUUCCUCUUCCGGAUCUUUGUCCUGGGAGCAGCUGCAGACAAAGUGUGGGGGGACGAGGUGUCCGAGUUCUACUGUGACAGCCAAGAACCUGGCUGCAGCCACGCAUGCUACAACUGGAUGUUCCCCGUCUCCUACGUCCACUACUGGGUGCUGCAGAUCACCUUCGUGUCCACGCCCACUCUGGUGUACCUGGGCCAUGCCGUGCACGUCAUCCACAGAGAGAAGAGGAUGUUGGAGAAGCAGCAGAGGAACACCUCAGGUGGAGGUGUGCUGAUGAAGACGAGGUACACAGAUGACAGGGGGAAGGUGAAGAUUAAAGGCGUCCUCUUCUGCACCUACAUGACCCAGCUGAUCUUCAAGGUGCUGCUGGAGGUGGGCUUCACCGUGGCUCAGUUCUACAUCUUUGGCCCCGUCUUCAUGGUCUCCUUAUUCCACUGCACCCUGUCUCCGCCAUGUCCACGCUUCUCCGGGGCACAGUGUUACGUCUCCCGUCCCACGGAGAAGACGAUCUUCAUCAUCUUCAUGCUGGCGGUGUCGGGCGUGUCGGUGCUGCUGAACGUGGUGGAGAUGAUCUACCUGCUGUGUAAGCGGAGCAGAGAGCGCAGGAAGAGGCUCUCGACUCAGCAGCAGGCCGUCCCGUCUAACCCAGCGUGGGGGGGUGGGGCCAGCAGGUAUGGUGGAUUCCCUCUGUUACCUGUACCUGCUGCAGGUGUUACAGGUGGGGAGCAGAGCAGGGACUCAGACUGGAAGGAGAAGGACACCUGAUGGGAUUCUGAAAUAUUACACUUUGAUGGAUAGCUGCAUUUUGUGAAUAAAAAUGUCUGUUCUUCUUUUGAUCUUUAUUAAACAAGUGAAUCUUCUCA